GUUCCUCUACGUUUCAAGCUCGCACUCUUUCAGUAAGUAAGCUUUCUUUUAUCCAUCUUUUCUUAUUUUCGUUUAUUUACUGCCUGAUUUUCGGUCUAAAUUCACUUCCGGGUAGUUUUAGCAUCGCGAUUUUCUCUCGAAUUUCUGUAUGUAUCAAUUGAUAUUUGAAUUUUUUUUUUUUUCUGUUGUCUGAGAGUUAGUAUCAGAAACUGUGUUCUGAUUGAUCUUAAAACUUCUCUUGAAAGUUCGAUCUUUGUGUUUCUUUUCUUGUUUGAAUCUAACCACCCUUCUUGGUGCUGUUGGUUUUUUAUUCUAUAAACAGUGGAAAACAUUUGAGGUGUACCUUGUAUUUUGAGAAUUUAUUGAAUAAAUUAGAUUAAAUAUCACUGGUAAUUCGAUUGGACUGCUAAUUACAUAGCUUUUUGAUAAUUUUAUGGUGAUUUCAGACAGCGAAUAGUUUUAUUCGAAUAGUUUUUUUUUUAAAAAAAAGGAGAGAUGAUAUAUGCAGUCACUUGUUUUUUCAGCGGACAAGGGUUAAAUAUGAUAAAACCGCACGAAUUCUUAGUUGUUACUGGCAUUGUAGAAGUAGUGGAAGUGGUUAAAAUGAUGAUUUGUAAAGGUGGUUCAGUUUGGGGGCAGAUUGUUAGAAAUAAUCAUAGAUGGGCUUUGUUUGAUUUUGUGGUUGUACCAUCUUAACAGGUUGUUGGUGAGAAGAAGAAGAAUAUGGCUGAGGUUGCUGCACCCGUCGUUCCAAGUGAUGAGUUGUUGGAAUGGCCCAAGAAGGAUAAGCGCCGGUUUUUACAUGCUGUCUACCGUGUUGGAGACCUUGAUCGGACCAUCAAGUUCUAUACUGAAUGCUUCGGGAUGCAGCUGUUGAGGAAGAGGGAUGUUCCAGAGGAGAAGUAUGCCAAUGCAUUUCUUGGUUUUGGCCCUGAAGACUCUCAUUUUGUGGUUGAAUUGACUUACAACUAUGGAGUUGACAACUACGACAUUGGGACUGGUUUUGGCCAUUUUGCUAUUGCAACCCCUGAUGUUUACAAGUUGGCUGAAAAUAUAAAGGCAAAGGGUGGAACUAUAACACGGGAGCCUGGACCUGUGAAAGGUGGUAAAACUGUCAUUGCUUUUGCCAAGGAUCCCGAUGGUUAUCUCUUUGAGCUUAUUCAACGUGAAUCUACUCCUGAGCCACUCUGUCAAGUAAUGUUACGCGUGGGUGAUCUAGAUCGCUCUAUAAAGUUCUACGAGAAGGCCUUGGGAAUGAGGGUGGUGAAGAAGACUGAUAGACCUGAACAAAAGUACACGAUAGCGAUGCUGGGUUAUGCCGAAGAGCAUGAAACAACUGUGUUGGAGUUGACAUAUAACUAUGGUGUGACAGAGUACACGAAAGGGAAUGCAUAUGCACAGGUUGCCAUAAGUACUGAUGAUGUUUACAAAAGCGCUGAGGUUGUAAAUCUUGUUACUCAAGAGCUUGGAGGGAAGAUAACUAGGCAACCUGGCCCAAUUCCUGGAAUCAAUACGAAAAUUGUUUCCUUUGUUGAUCCCGAUGGCUGGAAAACGGUUCUGGUUGACAAUGAAGAUUUCCUGAGAGAGCUUAAGAAAGAGUAA